AUGGCUACUCUUUUACCUCUGCUUAGACUACCCUGGUUAGCCAUGAAGGCAGUUUUCGACACGAUGGACUUGCUGGAAAUAUUCAAAAUAUCGCAUACAUCUCGAAGAGCUCAUCGAUUCAUCAAAAUGUUUCUGUCCCGACGUAAUUUUAUCCUAACUGCCAAAUUCGCAUGUCCGUUUAUCUUGGAGGCGCGUUGUCGUGAACACCGGAACUACGGGAUUUGUAUGAAACUUCUCAGCGAAUACAAUUUUGGGAUUAUCACAAAAGAGAUUUCGAUAUAUGCGGCUCUUUUCAAGAUUUGCAAAGUGCUACUCGUCGUUGAAAAACCCACGUUGGCACCUAGAGCGGUUAAACUUUUCCAAAGUUUAAACUUGAACAUCGACUCGAUAGUUGUGAAUCUACACAAGAGAGCAAACGAGUAUUACCAGGAAAUGAUAGAGCUCUCUCGAGUAGCGAAGAAUCUGGAAAUCCUUUCCGACCCAACGAAGAAAUUUCGAUUGCCAGUUUCUGCGAAACCCUUCCAAUUCGACACGCUUAAACUGGUCCGUGCAGAAUGGGUGACACGAUAUUAUUUGACUAAUUUAUUUAUUAAUUGCAAGGAGUUAUACAUGGAAAAUUGUCAGUUGAGUUAUUCGGAUUAUCUCAUGUUUUUCAAACAAUGGAUUAAAGAGUCUCGAGUGGAAGUUGCAAAGAUACAUAUGAAAGAAGAACGGAACUUUUCGCCAAUGUUCAAACAGUUGAAAGCAACACCGCUGAAUAAAAUCAAGCAUUAUGGAAAAAGACUCGAUAUUCCAAAUGGUCGUUGCUAUAUGAUACAACAGGAGACAACUGGAAUCCGAGCGGCUGUGCUUUACACCGAGAGUAAUAAUUUGGUGAAUUUGACGACGGAUUUUGAAUUGUGA